GAUCAAACAGUCUUUCUUCCACUUUCGAGGAAUAUACAACUAGAAUGGCGGUACUUGCAGAUAUGGCAUUUUGGUCCUGGUCCUGGGCUCUCACAAUACUUCUGAUAUUUAGUAUAGACCAAACAAAUGGACUUUGUCUAAGAUCCAUAGAUUUAGCCAACGGAAAAGUCACAUAUCCAAAUAGUGUUUCGGUGCAAUUUGAAUGCAACCCCGGUUAUGAACUGCAAGGAAGUGAAUUGCUUUACUGUGAUGAAGAUGGUCUUAUUCGAAAAUCAAAGCCUUUUUGUGCCAAAAGCGGUUGCAAACUAGAGAACGGAUCGAUUUCAGAUAGGAACGUAAACUACUGCCAGCAUGGAGAAGUGGCGUCUGGACCAACCGUUGUCUAUUGCGAUGGUAUAAAUUGGAACACCGAUCUAGGAAUUUGUGUGAAUAAAACCCGAAAGAGUUACUUCUGCAAUUUCGAGACCGAGGAUCAAUGCGGCUGGAUGGAAUACACUUCUCAACAGUGGGAACGAGUCAGUUCUGCCACCCACUUUCAUUACACCGGAAUGGGACCAGAAGCCAUUGAUGCCGAGCCCCAAGGAUACUACAUGCGGAUGUCGACGAGGGGAGUCAAGACCUUGGACAGCUACCACUUCUUAUCGCCGAAAUAUUCCUGGCAAUAUACUCAGCACAACGCCUGCUUUAAGUUCAAAUACUUCCUUUACGGUAAAGGAGUUGAUUCACUGCAGAUAUCCGUUCUUCCCGCUUCAAAACUGAUAAAUGAGAUUGAGGAACUAACAAAAAUAACUGGUUCCCAACCUUACGGGUGGUUAACUCUUAAGAUCCCUAUCCCCACUCAGUAUGAGGACUUCAAAGUGGUAUUCACGGGAAAAAGUUCGAAGGGCGCUUUCGGAGAUAUCGCCAUCGACGAUGUAGAGUUUCUGUGGAAUGAUAGUUGUCCUCCGCGUGCCAACAUCCCCAAGGGUCCAUUGAUUGCCAGCAGUCCGGAGCCACCAAACACCAUUAGUUCAGAACCAAGGAAAGCCAGUAGUGAGCAACCGCCAAAGUCAACCAGCAGUACCUUACCAGUACCCACUGAAAGGCCACAAUCAACACCAAACGGUACGGCACCAGCAACACAACAACCAAAGUUGAACAGUACGCCACCACCAAAAUCGAACAGUACCCAACCUCCAAGGACGAACGGUACGGUAUCUCCUAAACCCAGCACUGAGCAACAACCAAGGUCCAACAGUACGGUAUCUCCAAAGCCCACCACUGAGAAACUACCGACAACCAGCACACCAACCAAGCAACCAAAAUCGACACAAGUAACAAAUGGAGUUGGAUUUUGGAUCCCUAUAUCUAUUUUGAUUAUAGCAUUGACUGUAGUUGGCGUAGCCGUUAUAUAUUAUGUAAAAUUGAAAUAUUUUAAGUGA